AUGGCAAAGGACAACCCAAUCACAGGACCGAUAGAUCGGAAAGUGUACAACCUAGUGCACGAUCUUCUAGAUGAAAUCAGCGCGACGAACCGAAAGUCGCUAACUGCUGAAGAACAGCAAGACCCAUUUGCGGGACAAGAAUCAGCCAACAACUUGACGAUAUCGCAAGUGCUAUCCUACACACAGCUCAAAGACCAUACGCUAAAACGGACCAAGAAGCUUCAGCUCGAGAAAAGCAUUGCCAAGGUGCUACGGGUGGUGAGAGAAGAUGAAGAUGGCGAACUUAGCAAGGCAUCGCAACCAGUCUCGGUCAAUGAAUCGGAAAGUGAAUGCGAUUCCAACAACCUCAUGGAAGUAAAAGAUACAAACGCGACAAACAAGGCAGUUGUAUCUCUAUGGAACUUUGAUCGCGAAGAAAAUGAAAAAGAGCGCGGAGAAAAUGACGAGAAGAAUGGGGAGAACGAGAAGAACGCAGAGGAGGAGGAAGAGGAAAAUGAUAACGAUGACAACGCACUUGGUGCAAAGCGAAAGUUCAAGGACGCUCCAAAAUCUAGUUCCAAAAAGCAAAAGAGAAAAGUCAACCACACCACACCGAGUUCUGACUUUUCGUCCUUGGGAGGCGUUGAUAGCAUCACGACCCAGCUCCUCGAGAUCAUUGGCUUGCCCAUUUUGCACCCUGAAAUAUACUCGUGCACAGGUGUCGAACCGCCUCGAGGAGUAUUGCUUUACGGCCCACCGGGGUGUGGGAAAACAACACUCGCACACGCUCUUGCGGGAGAGCUCAAGGUCCCGUUCAUGAACAUCUCGGCUCCGUCGAUAGUCUCUGGUAUGUCUGGAGAGUCUGAAAAAAAGCUACGCGAGAUAUUCGAAGAGGCAAAGGCAGUGGCACCGUGUCUCAUUUUCAUGGACGAAAUCGACGCCAUCACCCCGAAAAGGGAUGGAGGUGCCCAGAGAGAGAUGGAAAGAAGAAUCGUUGCCCAAUUGUUGACUUUGAUGGACGAGUUGAGCAUGGACAAAACAAAUAAUAAACCCGUGAUUGUGAUUGGUGCUACAAACCGACCAGACUCGCUAGACACGGCGCUCCGAAGAGCUGGCAGAUUUGAUAGAGAGAUUUGUUUAAACGUGCCGAAUGAGGCCCAGAGGGAGUCGAUUCUUCGAGCUAUGACCAAGAACAUCAAAGUUGAAAACGGAGACUACUUCAACUACAGAGAGCUCUCCAAACUCACCCCAGGGUACGUUGGCGCUGACCUCAAGAGCUUGGUGACCGCCGCGGGUGUUUUCGCCAUCAAGAGAAUAUUUGAGACUAUGAGCCAGCAACAGGAUGAGAAUGGCGGUGCAUCGGCAGGUGACUCAAUGGAGAUUGACUCGAAUCUCGCACUCAACAACGAAACUGCUUUGAUUAGGGCUUUUGAGCACAAGUCAGACGUCGACAAAUUAUCGACCAUCCAAAAGUUUUUGACAAAGCACCCGGAUCCGUUGAGCGCCGAGCAACUAGAGCCUUUAUCCAUCACUUACGGCGACUUUGUCAAUGCGCUUCCCACAGUGCAGCCCUCUGCGAAAAGAGAAGGGUUUGCAACAGUACCCGAUGUCACCUGGCAAAACGUUGGAGCAUUAGGCGCAGUCAGAACAGAGCUCCAUAUGUGCAUUGUCCAGCCGGUGAAAAAGCCCGAGUUGUAUUUAAAAGUGGGCAUCUCGGCUCCUUCGGGAGUCUUAAUGUGGGGACCACCGGGGUGCGGGAAGACGCUAUUGGCCAAAGCGGUGGCCCACGAGAGUCGGGCAAAUUUUAUUUCCAUCAAGGGACCCGAGCUUUUGAACAAGUACGUGGGCGAGUCUGAAAAAGCAGUUCGUCAAGUGUUUCAGCGGGCGCGAGCUUCCACCCCAUGCAUCAUAUUUUUUGAUGAAUUGGAUGCCCUAGUGCCGCGGAGAGAUAACUCAAUGUCGGAGUCGAGCUCGAGAGUGGUGAACACGCUCCUUACCGAGCUUGACGGCCUCAAUGACAGAAAAGGGGUGUUUGUUAUUGGCGCCACCAACAGACCAGACAUGAUUGACCCUGCAAUGCUCAGACCAGGCCGGUUGGAUAAGACACUCUACAUUGAAUUGCCCACCCCUGAAGAGAGGUUUGAAAUUCUUAAAACCAUCGUCGCUGCGAACAACAGUCCCAUUGAUCAGGACGUCAACCUCUACGACAUUGCGCACGACGAGCGGUGCCGCAACUUUUCAGGUGCAGAUCUUUCGUCCGUUGUCAAGGAAGCAGCAGUGGGCGCAUUGAGAAGGAACUUUUUCCGGGCACAGGGGUUGCUGCACUUGGACCAGUCCGAGUUCUACGACGACAACGCAGCCGAUAAUGACAUAAAAAUCAUGCAAUCGGACUUUGUACAAGCCUUGAGAGCAGUGAGACCGAGCGUGAGCGAUGCUGACCGAUUGAAGUAUGAAAAGUUGAAUAAAAAGUUGGGGUGGGACAUUAUCAAGACUACCGAGGUGCCAGAGGCUGCUGCUGCUGCCGCUGCCGCUCCUGAUGCUCCUGCUGCAGCUGGUGCAAGCUCUAACUAG